AUGACAACUCCUUACGGAGAUCCGAACUCGGCCCCCGCUAGAUACACCAUAGGUUCCCAAAACCCUGGCAACCAACAUGGUGCGAAUGGUGGCGGUUAUCCUCAGCACAAUGGUAGCGUCCCUGAGACCCAGUACGACAGCGACACAAGACAGUCUACUGACAGUCGAACGGGACGUAAGCGCUCAAUCGGAGCCGAUGCCAACGAUCGUAGUAGGUCCGGUAGUGGUGGAAAGCCUCGAGGAACUGUCCGAAUAUGCAAAAAGUGCGGUCAAGCACUGACUGGCCAAUUCGUCCGCGCACUUGGCGGCACCUUCCAUCUGGAUUGCUUCAAGUGUGCCGACUGCGGUCAGGUCGUCGCGUCAAAAUUCUUCCCUGUCGACGCCGCUGAUGGUUCUGGACAAUUCCCGUUGUGCGAGAUUGACUAUUUCCGGCGUCUCGAUUUGCUGUGUUUCGACUGCGGAGGUGCUUUGAGAGGAUCCUAUAUCACCGCCCUCGAUCGGAAAUACCACAUCGAACAUUUCACCUGCUCCGUAUGCCCUACAGUCUUUGGAGCUUCCGACAGCUACUAUGAGCACGAAGGCAAUGUAUACUGCCAUUACCACUAUUCCACUCAAUUCGCUCAGAGAUGCAACGGAUGUCAGACCGCCAUUCUCAAGCAAUUUGUCGAAAUCUUCCGGAAUGGCCAAAAUCAGCAUUGGCAUCCAGAGUGCUAUAUGAUUCACAAGUUCUGGAAUGUUCGGCUAUCAGCCGCGGAAGAAAUUUCCCGGCAUCCCGACAUCCAUGCCGAUGUCAGAGAUGACGAGCGUGAACUCAUUCGUGACGAUGAGGAGCGCAUGGAGAACAAGGUGUAUCGGAUUUGGAGUAUUCUUUCGACAUUUGAGGAAUCAUCUGCCUCAUGCAUCUCAGACAUGCUGUUACAGGUUAGCAAUGGCUCUUACUAUGAAGGUGUCAUUGUUGCCAGAAAGUUUAUUUGGCACGUUGAUAUCCUCUUCGGUGCAGUCGACAGCCUUGCGUCUCUGAUCGUCAAGUCCGGUCUCAAAGAGCUCUCUUACGGCAGAGAAGCUAAGCUGCUUUGCAAAAAGGUUGUGGCUUUCUUUACCUUACUUUCGAAAACACAAGAGACGGGUGUUCGCAAACUUGGAGUCACCCAGGAACUCCUCUCCCUUGUGACCGGUCUCGCCCAUUACUUGAAGCUGCUCAUUCGCAUCGGACUGCAAGGUGCGCUGAAGUUGGAGCGAGAGCGUGGCACAGCCGAAGGUCUUCACGCCUUCCUGGACGAACUCGCCGAUCUGGAGACAAUCAAGGAACAAGAGCUGAAGAACAUCGAUAUCAAUGACGGCGUUGCUGGUCUCGCCGGUCAAGAGUCAGACUGCUGCGCCUCUUGUUUGGAACCCAUCGACGACGAAUGCAUCAUGAUAUAUGGCAAGCGUUGGCAUAUGAGGCCACCACAUUUGACCUGCAGCGUCUGCAGGAGAGACUUGACCCGCGAGCUUCCAUUGGCAAAGUACAGUGAGCGUGACGAGCGUGUGUACUGCAGUGAUCAUGCCAAGCGGGCAGCCGAGACUGUUUCGGGAUUCUCUCAUGUGACGAAGCUGCAGCAGUACGUUUUCCUCCUGAAAGUGGCUCUCGCCAGGCUUCUCGAGGUCCUGAAGUCGGGUGGCACCCUACCUCAUACCACCGAUGACCCUAGUCUGACGCCAUACAACACCGACGAUGGGCAUCGAGGCCAACCCCGGCCCACCCCACACCAGAAGAUGGGAUCGCGCUCCAAGUCAUAUGCGGGUGCGUCGCAGCAAGAAGAAUCUUCUUUGGAGCAGACUGUGGGUGAGAUGAAGCGACUUCGCUCUACGAGGAAUGAGAGAACUCUAUCCACCACCUUCCGCAAGGCUCGAGCUUCGCGAAUUAUGGAGGGUCCCACCGGCAUUCGUCCCGGAUCUGCAGGCGCUGAUGGUGCGGACCAGAGCCGGGGCCAAUUCCAGAUUGUCGAGGAGCGAGACCUCGACGGCAAGAUGCGCCCAGAGCUGACUUUCGGGAACCAAGACGGAUUGACCCUGGACGAUAUCCCACGCAUUGUCGCGGCAGAACAGGCCAAAGAGCAGCGGCCUAACGCCUACAGGCAUGCGGGUAAUAAUUUGAUUGGCGCUGGCGGUACCGCUCCCCGUCUGGUCAAUGGGCAUCAACGUGGACCCUCAGCUGGCAAUGAUCUCCUGGCCAAUGAACCUAGCCCUCUGCGUACAAAGAGGUAUUUCUCCGAGCUCUCCGCACUGGAAUACUUCAUUGUUCGGCAUGUUGCCGUCCUUUCCAUGCAGCCUUUGCUUGAAGGCCACUUCACCCUCGAAGAAUUGCUAGGGUUGAUAGAGUCACGCAAGCCAACCUUCUGGGGCAAAGUCAGUCGAGCGCUCCGCAAUGAUCCCAAGACGAAGAAAAAGGGCGUCUUCGGGGUUCCUCUCGAAAGUUUGUGUGAGCGUGAAGGAGCUGAAUCGACACAUGGCGUUGGUCCUGGCGCACUCCGGGUCCCAGGCAUUGUUGACGAAGCUAUCAGCGCCAUGAAGCAGAUGGAUAUGUCCGUCGAAGGUGUUUUCCGCAAGAACGGAAACAUCAAGCGGCUCAAGGAAGCAGCUGAGAUGAUCGACAGCAACCAGAUUCCCGAUCUUACUCGCGAGAAUCCCGUCCAGGUGGCGGCGCUCCUCAAGAAGUUCCUGCGCGAUAUGCCGGACCCUCUUCUCACGUUCAAGCUGCACGCCCUGUGGGUAGUUGCUCAGAAGUUGGAAGACGAGGAGGUUCGGAGACGAGUAAUGCACUUGACUUGUUGUCUUAUGCCGAAGAGCCACCGCGAUACGAUGGAGGUCCUGUUUGCCUUCUUGCGUUGGACGGCAUCUUUCUCGCAGGUCGAUGAGGAGUCUGGUAGUAAGAUGGAUGCUCACAACCUCGCAACGGUGAUGGCGCCGAAUAUCCUCCACGCUCCACCGAAGAAGGAUAAUGUGAAAUCGCAAACACCGCAGGUGGACGAGAGUUUCCUGGCGAUCGAAACAAUCCAUACUUUGAUCAUAUUGAACGACUCUUUUUCAGAGGUGCCUGAAGACCUUCAGUCGAUUUUGACUGACAGCAGUCUGCACAAUAGCUCUGCCGAGCUCACCACCAAAGAGAUUCUAUCCCGAUAUGGUGACAUUGUGCGAGGCAAUGUCGCAAAGCAAACAGUGCAAGCUGCUGAUGCACCUGCACAAGGUACGACGUCGGCGCACGGCUCGACCAAGAGUGCGAAUCCGGUCGCGAUGCGCGUCGAUGUCGACCCCUCUCAGGCGAAUGCUUGGCAAAAGCAAUCUUCAGUUCGUCCAGUGCAAAAUUUUGGCCCGCCUUCUCAACAGCAACAGACUUUUGAGUACGGUGCACCAAACCAGCCCUAUUCGCGCGGGCACGCCGAUUCCGAUUCCGACCAAGCUUCAUUCAACGCAUCGAGGCAAUCGUACGGGAACAAGCCGCAGCUAGGAGUUACGGGCUAA